UUUCUGUCACCAGGUUCACCAAAUCCUAAGGCUAGACAACGCAAAAGGCAGCAUGACAAGAGUUGAGCACAUGAUCAAACAGGCCUCAGAUCUCAAACAGAUUUCUGCCUCAUUGUUAUCAGAAAGAAUAUAAAUCGACACCAAUCCACUUCACCCUUGUCAAUAUUUCAUCACUAGCACAAGAGACUUGAACCACAAUGCAGCAAGUAACAAAAAUCAUCCAACAAGCCUGUAAGAAUCAAAGCCCUCUACCUUUACUACCUACCAUUACCAAUACCAUGAAGUGCCUCAGGUCCAGACCGCUGGCUGCUCUUGCUCUUACACUUUCACUGCUAUUAUCAACCUGGUCUCCUAGAGUCAAAUCUAAGGCUAUCCCAUCUAAAGAAGUGAAUUCUUUGCCCCUCGGCAAGACUUCAUCUUCUCAGGCUGCACAAAGGAAAAACCCUUCAAGGCAGGUGGUGGAUUCAUGUUUCAGAAGGAUACCUCCAAGCAAAUCUAAUCCCACGCAGAAUAAGUUUGAUCCUCUCACAAAUGGCGGAUAGGACAGCAUAAAGGUUACAGCAAUAAUAAACAUAUCUGUCCUGUUUCUUUCACUUCUUUUUAACUCUUUCAUGUUUAAAUUAACAUAAUAGAUGGUUGUACCUGGGGUUUCACCUUUGGACUGUCAUUUAUUAUAUAUAUGCACUACGUUCUGCAUUGUAUUUAAAGUUUUGAUGGCUAAGCUAGUUGAGUCCUUUAAUGUGUGUGUGUGUGUGUGUAAAUCAAUGGGAUUCGACAUAUGUACAAAUAGACUGGUAUCCAAAUGAGCAGAAUCACACACACACAACAUAGCUCAAAAAGUUUGGUAAAUAUUUGAUAACCUUUCUUAGCUUUACUAGCGUGAAUGAUAAAGAAUAUGGUAGAUGGAUUUGGGAAAUACUGUCAACAAAAACUACUUUCUCACCCUGUGUAUUCAUAGUCUAUACAGCUUAGUAAAUGAUACAAAAUUUUAUAAGCUGUGAGGUAUCGUUCAAACCUUCACGCGCCAGAUCUUUGAACCUCUUCCACCAUGUUCAAUGCCAUACUAUUCUGAAAAAACCCUGUCUUCCGAUCUAUACCUCAUCUUAUGCCUUCAAUUUCUUCUGAGAAGCUUCAGACACAUCAUUUUCUCUUCCUCGU